AUGAAUAUUAGUCAACAGCCACAUAUCGAACCGACCUUUCGAACAUGGGUUACACCAUCCACGUCGACCUUGUGCGAGGAUCGUGUCCAACUAUCUGACUGGGACGUUGUCAUGUUCAAGUCGUAUACGCCAAUCCUCUUGUUCUACACGAAUCCAGACAAAGAUCCGGAAUUUAUGAGCACGCAAGCGCUGACACAAUCACUUGCUGACGUGCUUGUUGAAUUCUAUCCACUCGCAGGGCGUUUGAUAGACGUUGGCCAAGGUCGCGAUGCAAUUGAAUGCAACGACGCAGGCGUAUUAUUCCAAGAAGCUAAAUACUACAGCAGCUUAGAAGAGUUUCAACAAGACGGAUACCUACCCAGUCAGAUGGACUAUCAUCGCAUGUUCCCCAUCCACUUUUACACAAAGUACUCUGACCCUCUGGUGGCAGUGCAAGUGACCCGGUUUACAGACGGUGGCGUGGCAUUAGGCAUCAUGAUCCUCCAUAAAAUCGCAGACAAGUAUUCGCAGUGCCUAUUUCUAGACGCAUGGUGUAAACAAGCACGUGGUGUUGCUUACAACAAGGCGACAUAUGAUCGAAGUUUGGUAGCUGUACCUCCCAACGUGGCCGUCACCGACGAAGUACUGGAUUAUUAUCGCGAUGAACAUCGAAUUAGCGGGGAAGAUCAUGAUAUCAGGAUCAAUCCUGAUCAGCCAAAAUAUGCACGAACAGCACCGGAUGGACCGAUGCCGCUCAAAUCUGUCAUUCUGGAAUUCUAUUCGGAUGGAUUGCAUCAGUGUAAACGCGACGCCCAUACACCGGAUAUGAUCAAGAACAAGAUCUGGUUGUCGACCAAGGAUGCUCUGUUUGCCAUGCUCUUUAGGGCAAUUGUUAGGUCGCGUGACGUAUCACCUGAUGAAGCUGUCAACAUGAUCAUGGGGAUAAACGGUCGAUCAAAAAUGAAGGGCCUGGACUUGUAUUUUGGCAAUUGGAUGGUGUAA